UAAGCAUAAGCAUAGGUGCCCACCCGCAGUUGCUACUCCGUUAUUGACCAGGACCUCCAGAAGUUACAUCCACGAGCCGUGGAAGAUGAGUGGGUGCUAUCUUUCCUCGCUUCGCAACUUCUCAAAGGCCCCUAUCAUGCUGAUCAAUACCGGCGCCGGCCACGACCAGUGGUAGAGUCACGGGGAAGUGGAUGGGAAUGUUAGUCCGAUACUUGAGUGAUAGAGACCGCCCAAUCGACUGCUUCUCCGACAAAGUAUCACAUGAGUUUUGAGGGGGUUAGUAGAUGGGUAUGAGGUCAGGAUUCACGAGUGGCAGUGAUGUGACCAUGAGCAUUUUGUUUUAUCGGUUGAAAUUUUAAAUCUUAGGCAGCCAGCUGCGGAAAGAUAAAUUAUUGAUUAUUUAGAAGGUUUUUUAAUCGAACGCGUGCCAACCGAGCAGUAGUGCUAUGGGCUGGACUUAUCAGUAUAUUUUUACUGCUUGUACAUUUUAGAUAACGCGAGCCAAUUUCGAAAAUAGUAAAUAAAAGACGCUUUACUCUUCAUAAAAUCAAUAGUUUGAUGAGUUAAUACUAAAAUGCCAUGAUCAACGAUUAUCAACCAAAAGAAAACAGGGCACCAUGUAACCGAUUGUAAUGAAAUUAAAACAAUAAUCUCAACGAACUAAACCGGCGGCGUGCCUUCUAAUCAACGAUGAUAAAAGAAGGACUUAUGAAAAAUAAAAUAUCAAAAUAAAAGGGCUCCGAUAAACACGUUGCAGAGUAACCGCGAGGUUCCGCUACUCACAAUCGAGUCAAAAAAUUCAAAAACGCGUGCUAAUGGUCUAUCCUAAAUGACAGCGUGUCUUUCGAUAAACGAUUCUAUAGAAAUGAGUUUUUCACCGUGAAAAUUAAAGAAAUUAUUUGGAUUGUAUCAAUCUACUGGUACAGUUGACAAACUAACGAAACGACAGCAAAAUGAUCAAGAACGCGUAUACUAAAUUAUAAAAUAAUGACCCUAUAACGAUUAUUUUCAAUAAAAUAUGAUUUGGAUUUAUCGACCGAUUCUGUAGAUUUUACGCGGCUUUAAAUAUUUAUUGGGCUAAACAUGAAAAAAGAACAAAUAAACUCAUACACACUCUCAUACACACAUAAACCAAUUUACAUGUUUAGACCUGGACAUUAUAGCGGUUUUUGAAUUAGACUUGAGAUUUUUUGAAAGGCAUCAAUAUAAUGAAAACAAUCUGUACUGCAAAAAUAAAAAAUAAAAAGUACCCUAAGUUGGGUAGAAUUUCCAGCAAUAGUAGAUUAUCUAUAGUUCCUGAUAAGUGGCUGUUACACACACACACACACACACACACACACACACACACACAAACACACAAACACGCGCGCGCGCGCUUAAGAUGUCAUCAUGGAACGAGCUCACCCGGGUCUUGAAGACUGGAGACUGCUCGCCGUUCUCCAUUCGCCGCCGCAGCAUCGAAAUCCGUUUGUCGUUGGCCUCACUGCUCCGUGUAUUCAACAUCCGUCCUACUGGAAGCCGCUCCUCUCACAUGGUACCUCAAAGCACCCAUCAAUCUGCUAAACAUCACAGAACUUUCACAUUUAUUAUGACUAUGAGUGAAACAAAUCACUGUUCAAGGUUACGUCCUACUGAAGUGACAUCUUAGUCUUUAACACAUUCAAAGCUUUUUACCAACGUUACCUAUUCCAUUACACUUGCCUUUGUCUUUUACAAACAGUGACAUAACCCCACUUUUUGACUUCCCUUCAAAAGCUUUCAAAUAUUUAAACCCGCACAACUGUCAUUUCUCAUUUCGCGUUGUUUCAAUUUACCGCGUGUUUUUCAUUCUACCCCUGAUAUUAAACAUGGUAUGUUACUAAUGAUUUUCAAUUAAAAUAAAAUAAUAAGCAUAAGCUAUCUUGGUUCUGUAAUUUAGGUGGAACAAUACAAAGACAAUGCGGGGAACUUGUAUUGGGUUCAACCUGUCCCAAAAGACGGCAACUGCCUUUACAGUGCCCUCGCACACCAGUUAUAUGGCUUAACGCCACGGAACUCGCUCUUCCCGGUUUAUCGAGACCUACUCCGCGCCAAUGCCGUACACGAGCUUAGGAACCGUCCAAAUCUUUACCAGGAUACUCUGGAAAUAUACGCUGCUGAUGUUCCCGGGAACUCUCCUCUUCCUCAUAAGAUAAAACUUUUUCUUCGCAAGCUUGAAGCCCUUGGCAGUUGGGGAGGAGAGGAGAGCAUGGUUGCACUUUCAAAUUUCCAUGCGACCAGAAUCUACAUCCACCAGAAUAAUGCCACGCUUUCCUACUUCCCCACGGUUGUAGAGCCAACUACCGAGUGCCACAUCCUGUAUCGAGGAUCACGCAACCAAAGAAAUCACUAUGACAGCGUCUACUGUGUGCGUCGAGCAUCCAGCAUCCUGACGGCCCCGGUCGGCAAGAGGGUUGAAAUAAUCCGACCUACUGUCCGUUCCCCCCAAUUAGAGGUGUGCAAAUUGAAAGAUGAUCAGGCGUCUCUCAUGAGCGCCGUGCUACACCAACUCACGCGAACGGAAGUUGGAGAAGAUACCUGCAGCAACCUUCGCUGCCUGAUUGCCGAUGCGAUUGUCCAUCUGGAACCGGCCGUCCUGACCUCACUCGGAAUACCUAGCGACAACGAAUCCUUGCAAACGUUUAUCUUCCGCUUGAAGACCGGCCAUCAGAAUGGUGGUGUCGCGUCCCUCGUUCUGCUCUCUUCGCUACUAGGUGUGACCAUCUACCUGUACCGAUACAACCAGGAUACGCUGCGAAUGAACCCCGCCGAUCAAACUGGUUCUGUUGCCGUUCACAUUUAUGAGCACAUUGCGGAUGAAAGUUCGACCUUCAGUAGUGUGCUUCGAAUCGUUCCCGACCAACCUCGUCAACCUCAAGUUCCCGAAACAACAUCAGACGGUAAAAACCCCAUCAUAAUUGCUGACAAGAUCUCGCGCACCGAAUUUGCGGGCACUCCACAAAGUGUCCACUCGAGUAUGUCCAUUCCAUCGCACCAGGGCCUCCGCUUAGGAUCCCUGAACGUUAACGGGUGCCGGGUCUCCGCCAAGCGUGACGAAAUAGACGCCCUUUUGGUCAGCCAUAAAGUUCACGUUGCUGUCCUGCAGGAGGUGAAUCUACCGUGCGGGGAGGCUCUUUCCGAUCAUUACCAUUGGCAUAUGGGAGAACCCGCUCGGAACAAAAGACGAGGACUUGCCAUACUUGUGCACCGAGAUUACCCGAUAGCGAUAUGGCAUAAAAAGAAUCAAGACAGCAACAUCCAGUAUGCGCAACUAGUCUACCAGACAGAUGACGCUUCCUGCUAUUUGGACUUGGUAAAUGUCCACGGCCCCAACCAGAACAACGCCCCCUUCUUUUCCAGCCUAGGGACUCUGAUCAGCACGCUUCCGAACUUCCAUCAACUGAUCAUACUCGGAGACUUCAACAGCCAGCUCGCGAAUGUUGGACUCGACGAGGCAGAGCAGCAAUUGAUCGGUAGGACAGUGGGUCACACAUCGUUCAAUGAAAACGGCCUCCAAAUGCGCUUCUUCGUUGGAUUACAUUCAUUGGUUGUUCGAAACACCAAGGCCAACGCCAGCUUCAGGUAUACUUGGAAGCGUGGAGAUCGCUGCAGUCAAAUCGAUCAUGUACUUACCCACAAAAACUCCAAGUUGUACCUAAAAAGCCUUCAAUGCUCGUGGCCCACAAAGCUCUCCACCGAUCAUAAAUUGAUGCUCACCAACAUAGUGAAGAACCGAUCAACUCCACGGACCAUCCCACAGAAACGACCACCUCAACAAAGAGUUGAUGUAGAUCCCUCACUCCUACGACACGAGCCAAUUAGGAAGAAGUUCAAAGAUCAUCUGUCAGCCAUUGAUCCAGCUAGCUCGAUCAACGAGUCCGUAGAGCAGAGCUGGACCAGAAUAAAGGAGGGAUUAACGAGUGCCGCCAACACUACUUUGAAGAGAAGGGUGAUCAUGAACCGAGAGUGCAGACUUGCCUUAGCACACCUUAAGAAGUGCCAAUUCUGGGCGCACCGUUCUUAUCAACCCAAAUGGAAACAUUGUCUUGAGGAAGCUAAGGAGAAUCUCCGUCGUAAAAUCCGGGAGAGCGAAGAGAAGGACACCCUAGACAUUCUAAAUGAUACUAAAACGUACCGCGUUGGGUACCGCCUCAUCAAAGCACACAAAUUUUUCAAGCGAUUUAAGAGAAUGCAGCCAACCAAGAAGCCCUCAACUGUGUCACCCGCUAUUAAACUUGACGACUGGUUCCAGGAAGACAGUGGUCCAGACCUGAUUCCCGUCCUCCAGCCUGACUCCUUUGCCAGACCCACCUACGAUCGAUGAAGUCCGUG